AUGGCUUCAGCUUCAGCAGCCGCAAGGCUAUGUGUCCUAGCAUGCCGUAGGGCCCCUCGCCUCCAACGAAUCCCACGGGCACAGCACAUUGUCCGGCAAUCACCCAUCACCCCACGAUCUUUCACCACCUCAACGAUACGAUGGGCGCGAGAGGGCGAGCAGGAAGGCGAGGAUGAUGCUGACAACAUGGCCCCGAUUGAAUUGAAGAAGCUAGAAGCGUCAUUCAAGGAGGCCAUUACUCCCGAGGGAAUGAAACAACUCGACGAGCUAGCCAAGGAGAAUGGGUACAACACCAUCGACGAGUACCUCGAGGAAACUCUGGAACGCACGCCUGGCUGGGCCUCGGAGGACCGAGCUCUGGCGGAUGAUUUGAUGAGGGACGACAAGGGCGAGAAGCCGAACAAGCAAUCUUUCUGGUUCGACGAGGAGGAUCCGGAAACCAAUACCGAGGAGCUUGAGGAAUUUGACGAGGAUGAUAUUACGUCUAUGGCACACGGAAAGUUGGACCAGGUGCGAGAGAUGCGACAUUACGCCCGAUUGGCCGUUUGGGAGAUGCCUCUCCUUUCUAAGAUCGCCAAACCGUUCGUUCCCCCCGCUGAAGGCCAGGUCCUACGAUGGCGCUACACCACGUACAUGGGAGAAUCCCACCCCGCCGAGAAGAAGGUCGUGGUGCAGUUCGCCCCCCGCGAUCUGAAGCUCACCCCGGUGCAAACCGAGAAGCUCAAGAAGCUCGCCGGACCCCGUUACAACCCGGAGACCAAGCUCAUCAAGAUGAGCUGCGAGAGCUACGAGCACCAGGCGCAGAACAAGCGCUACCUGUCCAACCUGAUUGACGACCUGAUCACCUCCGCCAAGGAUGCCAAGGACACCUUCGAGGACAUCCCCCUGGACCUGCGCCACCACCAGUUCCAGAAGAAGCCCAAGUUCCCCAGGGAGUGGCGUCUCACCCCCCAGCGCAUCAACGAGCUUGCCGAGCAGCGCCAAAACGCCGCUCUGGCCGACCUGAAGAAGGCCGACAGCGGGCUGCUGGUCGACGGCGGCAAGGUUCUCGAUGAGUUCCUGAUGAAGAAGGCUCUCGAAGAUGAGAAGAAGCAAAAAGUUGCAGAGCUGGUGGCCGCGCCCGCCAAGGGCUUGGGCGCCAACCGCGCGCGGAGGUGA